GUGUCUGUGCCAUUGAUCCAUCAUACACGGUCAUCCAUCCACAUGUAUCCACGCACCCGUCUCGCCCGUCCCGCAGAUCGCCGUUGUCCCCAUCCCUCCCCUCCCCUCCGUCUCUACAUCGCACCCACCGCCCAGCUCAGGGUACGCAGCUAUCCACACUUUGCUGUGGUUUGUGUGCGCCAGGGGAAGUUAGCCCAGCUUGCGCUUCUUACGCUUCCUCUCCACCUCAUUAGCCCCACCGUUCUGCCCCUUGUCCUCCUGCAGCCGGCCCUUCUUGGCCUCGCCCGCCAUCACCACGCCCCCGCCCUCACCGUGCUGCACCCCGCCAUCCGCAGCACUCGGGGCCGCCCGCUUUUUAUUCCGCCGAGGGCGCAUGUGGUAUCGGUGGCCGUUGUCCUGUGGCUGCUCUUGCACAGCAGCAGCAGGAGGGACGACGGCAGCGGCAGCGAUGGCAGCAGGGGGAGGUGCAGCAGGGGGAGGUGCAGCAGGGGGAGGUGCCUGAGCUUGGGGCGACUCGAAGGAGGGCGGCUCGUAGACCGGCUCCACCUCGAUGCGCGGCGUGUAGGGCUGGAUGAACUGGCCGCCGACGUCAGCCGCCCAGUGCUGAAACUCCUGCACCCAACACACACACAAAUGAAUGGGCCAGGAGAGGUGGAGAGGGAUGGAGGCACUUCUGUUGGUGUGGUUGGCUGGGUACCUGUUUGUCCAGAUCGUCAAAGUAGGGGUGGUUGAUCGCCUCCGCCGCCGUCAAACGCUCAGCGGGGUCAAACCUAAUCAGACUGACACACACGCAGACAGAGCAAAGCGGCCAUGGGAGGGAGGGAGGUUGCUGAUGGUGUGACUUACUCGUAGAGGAAGUCGAACUCCUCGUCAGUGAUGGUCACGCCGUUCUCGCCCUCGGCCAGGAUCUUCUGGAACCUGACGCGCACCUCGGCCUUGCUGCGCUGCGGAAUCCGCGGCAGGAUGCGGUACUGCACAGACACACAGCCGGGCGGACGCGUGUUUGUACUUUGUGUGUGUGUGGUGCUUUGGUGCCGUGUGUCCAUACGUGCGGCAGGUUGAGCGCCCGCAGUCUGCUGUGCGGCGGCAGCCCCAGCAAAUCGAUCAUCUUAAUCAGCGAGCCGUAGUCAGAACCCAGAGGACACUAACACACAUACACAGACACACACACUUAUCUCUGUCUGUGUGUGUCUGUGUGUGUGUGCGUAUAGGUCGGUGAGCCGGUCAGUGGCUGACUCACAUCGAAGGGCGAGGCGCGGCAUCCGAGCAUCCGAGCGAGUAUGCAGCCUGCACACAGACAGACAGACACACAAUAAACAUCCCGCAGGUGCCAUGUGUGAGUCCCUCCCUCCCUCCCUCAUACCAGCAGCCCAGAUGUCCACGGCGGUCCCGUGGGUCCGCUGCCCCAGCACCGCCUCGGGCGCCCUAUACGAUGGCGUCCCCAACGCAGUCGGGUUCUGAUGAAUGGCACAACGGAUCCACACGUGUCGCUGACACCUGCCGUCGGCGGGUCAGUGCGGUGUUUACGGUGUGCCGGACGGGCGGGGCGCCGAGGCUGUCCAGCAGACGGCCGUGGCCGAGAUCGGUCAACAACAACUUCUCACUGCUCAGACAUGCAAGUGGACACAGUGUGUGGGUGUGUGGGCUGGUGGGUGUCAUGGUUUACCGUCCAGGUGUGGUGCUCUUGCUGAGCAGGACGUUGGCGGGCUUGAGGUCGCGGUGGGCGAUGUUGUGCGAGUGGACGUGGGCCAACGACAGCAGCAGCUGUCCAAGGAAUGCAACACACACACACAGCAGAUAAGGGGCAUCCCAUGGCUGUGUGUGCCUCUGUCUUGCGCACCUGAAACAUAUAGCGCUUGACCUGCUCGGGCGGCAGAAUACGAUCCACCUUGACCUUUCGCUGCAUUGGCCAAUGCAUGACAGCACACACAUACACACACGAUGGUCCAUCCGUCGGCUCUGUUGGUUUCCUUCGUUUGGUUGCUGGUCUGCUUACCGGUGGGAAGCUGCGGCGGAGAAACCUGGAGAGGUCGCCGCCGGCCGCACACUCCAUGACCAUGUAGAGCCGCCCCUCCUCGCCAGACACCCACGCCUCGAACACCUUGGCCACAUUCUCGUGCUUCAUCUUGCUCAGAAUGGCCUGCAUCACAGCCACACACACAUGUCGAUAACAGAAGGACAUGGCAUCAUUGCAUGCACCCACCCCCUCAUUCCCUGCCUCCCUCCCUCCCUCCCUCCCUCCCUGCCUCCCCGCCUCACCACGUCGCGCAGAGCCUCGACAGGGAUGCCCUCCCGGCAGGUCGAGAAGUCCUGCACCUUGGCCGCGUACAGACGGCCCGCCUUCCCUUUGCCCUUCUCCCGUACCCGCAUCACCUUGCCGAACGCGCCCGCGCCCAGCUCACCGACGACAUCGUACUUGGCAUAGAGAGUCGGGUCCAAGCUCGGGUCCACCUCGCACGCGGCUGACAUGACGAGUGGAGCGGGCUGCACUCGCUGAGCCUCUCAGAUGGAUAAUGAGCUGUCGAACAGCUGCCGCUGCACUGCCACUCGGCGGCAAGAGCCUCUGACGUUGACUCGGACGCCGUACGAUGCCGUGGACGAGAGCGAUGGGAGCCGAUGAACGUCAGCUCAAUAGUCGCCGUCCAUGACGAGCGUGGAACAACGAAUGCAUGGCAUGCCUUGCGCCCUCCCC